AUGUACGAAGAUUUGCCCAGCGAUCCUUUCUCUUUGUUCCGAUGUUUGACCGCGACACAGGCAUGGACCGUGGCAUGCACAGAAGCACAAGUAGCUGAGGCUGGUGAAGCUUUGAUGAAAGCCUGGCAGACGACGGGCCUCCGUGAGGAGCCGCUAGAGGCGCCGGAGAUCAUCAAGCCUCAGCGCCGCGACCUUGAUGUGGGUGGUGGAUUUGGGGACACAGGAUUUGCACAGGAUGACACGAAGUGGGAUGAACUUUCCGACGACGACGAGUCCGACGAAGAGGCCAUCCUUGGUAUUUCCUCGAAGAUUUGGGACCCCGCCAUGAAGUCAUGUGGUGCAGCCGUGGCAUGCAAGUUGCAGAUCCACCUGCAUCGCACUCUCUUUGUGCAUAUGAAGGACGACACUGAGAGCAUCGAUGUCGAGUGUCAAGCAAAGCAGACAGAGCCGGAGAGAGAAUCUGCAAAUCGAGACAACAACGAUUCGGCGCAGCUCAUGUCGGAAGCUCAGCAUAUGGCGCCGAACGAUGACGAGAAGCAGCUGCUAGACUCGCCCAGGGACAUCAGUGUAGAGGAGGGUGGGGAUCCUCCAGAAGAUGGCGAAGAGCCAGCUGAAGAAAUAGGGGGCACCUUCGAGUACGCCGACAACUUCCGGGAGAUGAUGAUGUAUUCGGCCGAGGACAAGAAGGCAGAUACUUUUGUCCCGAUCGCUGGCAACACCUACCGCUUUUGGGGUCUUGGCAUCCCAGAGCACCGGUUCACGACCCAGAACUUCGGCGUGUUAUCCAUCUUGUUGGUGCAAGUGCUUUCACCACCGGCCUGCAUUAUCUACAAUCUCUACAAAUUGGAUUGGGAAGGCUGGCACUUCGGGUUGUCCGACUGGUACUACAUCCCGAACAGUGACGAGCACGGCGUGUCCAAUCUCUCGAAGCACAUUGUCGCAACGGCUUUCUUGAUCAUGUUCACCCUGAACGGCGCGAUGGUCGUGGACAACGAACGCAUCGCAUCCCUGAAGAUCACUGCAUUGUUGGAUGCUCCGGCCAUCAAGCACAAGCCAGGCUUUCUGAAGGACGUGAACCUCUUUUGGCUCAAUGUUGGUCGCGUGUUAAACUGUGUCGUUGUGAUCGAGUGCUGCUUGAUCGUCUACUUUGCCUUCGUGUUGUCGGAGAAUCCAAUGGAUGUCGUGUUCAACGCGUUGGCUGUAACCUUCCUUUACAACCUUGAUGAUAUCGGUGGCGAAACAGGCUUCCUCACCGAGGACGACUGGGAUGGAGACGAACUUGGCAAGAUCUACUACCAUGCUGUGGAUGCAUUGAUGACGGACAAUGAGCAGCUCAACCCGGAUGGCUACACACCUGACGAGAUUAACUCCUGUAAUCAGAUGCGGGACAAGUAUGGUUCCUGGACGUACAGGAUUGCAGAGCCGCUUUGCUAUUUGUUGGUGAUCCUCCUGCCAAUGGCUUACAUCUUCAUUGACGAGUUGAAGUGCAAGCCAAGCCACUUGAAGCUCGCGGUCAUGGAGCUGCAGAAGGAGGUGGCGGCGUUGAAAGGUGGCGGUGCGGCCCUCGUCUUGUAG